UCUCGCAACCAUGAAGAACCUGACUUGGCUGACUCUUACGAACAUCCUCUUUAACUAUGAUGUGGCGAGCAAGAUCGGCGGCUACGUGGAGGAAACCACUGCUCUAACUAUCCUGCAGUUCGAUCAGGUCGUGGCUGAUGACACAAACGCAGGAGUGUUCCUGGACCACUUGGCUCGCAACCGGAGUGUGAAGAAACUGUGCGUAAACGAGCACCUAGUCGUCGCGCGCCAUGGUCAGGCUCUCGCAGACGCCGUCCGAAACCACGUGACCCUGCAAGAAAUUGAAGCACCCUGGUUCGUCUGCAACUGUUCAACUGUGGCCUCGGUGAUGAGUUCGCGAUGUCCGCCGCAGCACAUCUUCGGCGAGACAGGAGGCUGCGAGAGCUCAGCUCGGAUGGCAACUCUUUCACAACCGAAGCUCUGCACCACAUCAUAGGAGCCCUUGAGGUGAACAAGACGCUGAAGUUGCUCGAGGUGACUAUCACAGAAGAGCACCCGCAGGAAGGAGUCUUCAUACUCUUCGAUCUGAUUUGUACGAUCAACGCUUUCUCUCGUCUCUACAUCAACUGGACCAAUCCUCGAGCAUCGUACUUCUUCGAUAGCAUCCUGGCGGCCGUAACGCCCUCCGUAUCUCUGAACCUGGAUGGACGCGAAGCUCCGGACGUGGCCGAGUGCUUGACAGUCAUUGCCAGAAAUCGCCACCUCCACACGGUCUCGCUUGAAUGCGAAACGCCUGCAGAACAAGCCGUGGUACAAGCGCUGGCCGACACUUUCGCCACGACCAAGUCCCUCAAGAAAGUACCGCUCAUUUCUUUUCCCGGGAGGAGUAGCUUAAGACGUGCAUGCUCUUAAUUUAACUUUUCAGGAAUACGAAAUACCGAAUGGGCAAACGUUCCC